GGUUAUAAAGGAGGAUACUGUUCAUGAUCAAGGGAGAGGAGAAAAGGUUUUUUCGGGCUGGAGCUGCUGCCAAGUAGAGGGGGCUAGUUUUGAGGGUUCUGUCGCCGCCACCAGUGCACGUUUCUCCCCAUCCUCUCCGGUGCCGAUCACCUCCGGCUAGCAAAGAGUAUCCCUGCUCUUCCCGCCCUUCUCUUCCUCUUCGAUCCAGGUCGACGCCGUCGGCUGAGGCUCGUCACCGCCGCUCGGUAGGCGCGCCGCGUCCUCCUCCCUCACACGAUGCAUGGCACAACCGUAUCCUUCUCCUCCCUCCGGUGCAAACACCACCGAGGAGCAUCUCGUCGCCUCCAACCGUUGCCGCAGCCGCCUCCGGCGGCCACUCCCACUGUCGUAGUCGCCUCUGGCGGCCACUACCGUUGCCGCAGCCGCCUCUGGCAGCCACUACCACUGUCGCAGCCGCCUCCGGCGGCCGGCGCCGCCUCCGGCGGCCGGCGCCGCCUCCCCCAGCAGUUGGUGGCGUCUCCCACCACCCCUGUUGCCUCCAGCGGCUAUGGGUGCCAUCGCUGCCUCCCUCGGCAGCCGUCCGCCGUCGCCCCUCGGACAGCCGCAGUCUGAAGUGCUCAAGUUUGUCUACCCCGACCCUCGAGCCGAGAUGAUAUUCGGCCGAUUGACCGCGCGCCGUCAUACGAAUCCAUAUCGCGUCCGGCUUGGAGCCACAAGAGCUAGUUACUCAUCUGGUGGACGUCGAUCUACUCCUCAUAGCUACGACGACUCGAUCAGUGUUGCAACCAGCUCAUCCAUCCAUCCGCCCCCCGAGGUCAGGCUCGCGUGCCGCUAUUGUAUUCCGGCCUACGAGCCGCUCUAGAUUGACCCCGCGUCGUCAUACGGAUCCAUAUCGCGUCCGGCUUGGAGCCACAGGAGCCAGUUACUCAUCUGGUGGACGUCGAUCUACUCCUCACAACUGCGACGACUCGAUCAACGCUGCAACCAGCUCAUCCAUCCAUCCGUCCUCCCGGGGCCAGGGAUUUGCUUCGAACAUCGGGGUACCAGGGACCGGGACAUCCCGGUCGCUGGCUACAUGUAACAUUGACCAGGAGGACUUUGGACGACUCGGUCAACAUGGAGGAUAACUCACCACCGGGUCAUGGGGAUGCAGUUAAUCUUUUAGAUACGUCACACCGACAGAUCCGUCUUCUCAACUUCACGACCAGAACAAUUAAUAUUAAUUAUGAUGAUUCAAUUUAUUAUUUUUAAGAAAAUAACGAUAUAGAGUUAAAAGAGAUAGAGUACGGGGAGAACACGUGAACGGACAUUUGGGCGCUUCACCGACCUCCCACCCUGUUUAAACACAUCCAUCUCAUUCUCAGGUUAGUUCCUCUGUCUCACUUCUUCAAUCCCUGUCUCAGAUGCGUUCCUUUCUGGCAAUCACAAGCUUUAAGGUGGCCAAGGUGAAGUUUUUAUCUGGUAAGGUUUUGAUAUUUCAUGUCUGCUUACUGUGAUUAGGGUUCUGAUAUAUGGAGGUAGCUGCUGGUUUUACAUGUGUUCUCUGCUUUGUUUUCCUCAAGGUUUUUUGGGGGUUGCUGAUUUAUUUUGUUCUUUUUUUUUCUAAUUUAAGUCUACGAGAUUGUUGUUUCGUACUUGUUUUUAUGAAAAGAAAAGAUUUUUUUUUUUUUAAUCUGGAAGUUUGAAAAGUUAAGAAAGAUUGGUCCCUUUUAGAUCAUUAGUUUGUCGCUUUUGGAAUUUGAUAAACUGUUUGCUUAAUAAUCUAAACCAAAAAUUUCCAUUUUUCAUUCAAUUUUGACAGCAAGACCUGUGAUUUUAACCUCCUGAUACAUGUUUGUCUCCAAAGGCGAUGCCUAAAUCAUAUUGUUUUUAAGAACCAUGAGAUGCAUAGCAUCAAAGGCUCUUCCACGUCGCAUAAACCUGGAAAUAGCUUUCUCAAGUUCUAGAGCUAACUAUGAAGGUAAGGAUGAUGGAAUGGAAGCUCUCAUUAAGAGGGCCCUCAAUUCGGGAACGAGAUGAAGUCCAUCAGUUUCAGUAGAAGGGACUUCCACUCGAUGGCUCUCAAGGUUUUUCGCCCGGAAAGGUUUCUACUUGAAGGUUCUGUAAAAUCAGAAACAAGGAUUUCCAUAAGGAGCUCCAAAUCUAGUCCUUUGAAGAUGAGAUCACUCGAAUCGAGCUUGAAUAUAUCGACUGAGUGUCCCAAGCACCAAGCUGCUGUGAAACUGCAGAAAAUCUACAAAGGAUUUCAAACUCGAAGGAGGCUUGCAGAUUGUGCUGUUCUCAUAGAACAGCGUUGGUGGAAAUUGUUGGAUUUUGCACUGCUCAAACUAAGUUCUGUGUCAUUUUUCGAUAUCGAGAAACCGGAAACUGCGGUUUCUCGAUGGUCCCGUGCAAGAACCAGAGCUGCUAAGGUUGGCAAAGGUUUGUCAAAGGAUGAGAAAGCUCAGAAACUAGCUUUGCAGCAUUGGCUAGAAGCAAUCGAUCCUCGACAUCGUUAUGGCCACAAUCUCCAAUUCUAUUAUGAUUGUUGGCUUCAAUGUGAGAGCAUGGAGCCCUUCUUCUAUUGGCUUGAUGUUGGAGAAGGAAAGGAGGUCAAUCUCGAAGAACAAUGCCCACGGUCGAGACUUCAACAACAGUGCGUCAAGUAUCUCGGCCCCAAAGAAAGGGAGGCUUAUGAAGUAGUAAUUGAGGAUGGAAAAUUCUUCUACAAACAGAGCAGACAAUUGCUGAACACAUCUGAUAGUCCUCAAGAUGCUAAGUGGAUUUUUGUCUUGAGCACAUCAAAGAAUUUAUAUGUUGGUCAGAAGAAAAAAGGUAAAUUUCAGCACUCAAGUUUCCUUGCUGGAGGAGCCACAUCUGCUGCCGGGCAAUUAGUUGUAGAAGAUGGAAUUCUCAAGGCUGUGUGUUCUCAUAGUGGGCACUACCGACCGACAGAAGAGAACUUUGAAGAAUUCAUGAGCUUUCUUGUGGAAAAUAAGGUUGAUCUUGCUGAUGUGAAGAAAGGUGUCGCUGGAGAGGAUCAUGAAUUCAAUCAUGAACUUCAAAAGAGCAACUCUGGACUCAAAUUGUCCGAAAUAGAAAUCAGCACUGAACAUGAAACCGAAGCAAACGAAAAAACACUAAGCAGUGAUGCAGCAGCACAGAGAUCUUCAUUUGAGGCAUUUAAGGAAGAAAACUGUCCCCUUGCUGAUCUCAAACCCUGUGGAAAAGAAAAGGACGAUGAGGAAGUAGGCAGUUGGAAAGAACUAGAUAGGACUUGUACAGAUGGAGGAGAAGAAAGUGCAGUAUCGGAAAAUCCUUCGAGUUCAGAAACGAAUUAUAUUUUCGUAAAAAAGAAUCUCUUUAGUAAGGAGCAAGAGGAGGAUGCAGGAGCUAUUGUGCCAUCAGAGUUGAUACUUAGGAGGAUCAAAUCCAAGAAUAGAAUUGAGUCCUAUCAGUUGGGGAAGCAGCUUUCUUUCAGGUGGAUAUCAGGUGCAGGGCCUAGAAUUGGGUGUGUGAGGGACUACCCGCCGGAGCUCCGAUUUCAAGCCCUGGAACAAGUAAACUUGUCGCCGAGAAGUGAUGGGGUGUCAAGAUUUACUUCUCCUAGGAAAUCCAACAGUCCAAGAGCCAAGGAAGCAUCUUAGUAGGAACUGCACAAACCAUAGAUAUCAUAGAAGAAACCAGUCUCUUCGACGAAACAUGUUGAAAAGGAUCCAAUUCAUCUUUUUGGUAGAUCUCUCCGCAAAUGUAGAGUAUACUACACAAACUGUACACAAGAAAAUUGAUGUCACAGAAAGUAAAUUACACACUACAAGUUGUGGUUUUCAGA